AUGGAAGAGGAGCUCCAAAAUCAAUUGGGGCCGCGGAUCGGCCGAAAUCGCCGCUGGCUAUUCCAGUUCUGGCGUCACCAUGAGGCCCAAAAUGACGUCACCAACAGCUCACGGUAAUUUUUUAUGGUCCUGGGGGGAUUUUUCGACUUUUAACAGGUGGAUACCUUUUGAUACUUUUGGAUACCUUUUGAGGGUUUUUGACAAAAUUUCGAAAAAAGCACCUCAACACAAAGCUCACAAUAAUUUUUUGACGCCCUGGAGUGAUUUUUGGACUUUUAUGUGGUGGAUACCUUUUAAUACCUUUGGAUACCUUUUGCGGUUUUUGAUAAAAUUUCAAAAAAACAUCAGGUCACCAUGUAAAUUCAGUCAUUUUCUCUCUAUUUUUACCGGUUUUAAAAUCCAUUUGGAUCACUUUUGCGACCUUUUGAUAACUUAUGCAAAUUCCUAGUUUUUCUUGAUUUUCCAACAGCACCCCUUUCAGCUACCCCAUUGAAGCCGCCUCUCCGGACUUUCGUCGUCAAAUCGAAGCCGCAAUUUCCGCUCAAAAUGAAGCCGAACCACAGGUCUUGGAGCCGGACCAAGUUUCGGCCGAAGCCGUUGACCCCUUGGCCGGAUUCCAUUCGCUGAUGUUGGCCUGGCUGUAUCGCACCGAAAACCCGGCUUUUGAGGACUUUUGGACAGGCGUGGAAGGAAAAGCUAAAUUGAGCAGAGAAACGGUAAAAAUGAAAUUUUAUCGGGGUUUUUGGAGGUAAAACAUAAAAUUUUGGAGAGUUUAGGGUAAAAAUCAAAUUUAUUGCUAUGUCAACUGUUGUAGUAUUUGAGAAAAAACAACUAGAAGUGGUCUAUCCACAAAAAAAGUUAAAAAAUCGUUAUGUUUUAGGCAAUUUCCCUUUAUAAAAUCGAAGUCUAAACUCUAAAAUUAAAGAAAUUAAUAGUAUAAAACCUAAAAAAAUUAAUUUACCACUGUUACAAUACUCUUUUACUAUCAAUUUCCACAUUAAAACCUCAAAAAAGUGAGAAGGUCCCACCGAGAUUUGAACUCGGGUCGCAGGAUUCAGAGUCCUGAGUGCUAACCGCUACACCAUGGAACCGCGAGGUCUUUUCUCUUUUCUUUCUCUCUUCUUGCAAAAGAGACUUAUUUCGCACAGUGCAAAAAGUCUUUUUUGAUGUUUUUUAGUAAUUUGGGUUACUGUAAUGUAAUUUUUGAAGAUUUUUUGGGAAAUUUGGACUUAUACUUGUCUACUAGACGAAUUUUCAGAUCAGUUAUGGUGUUUUGGGCCUUGUUACCGCCGUUUUGAUAGUUGUUAAUCUGUCCGAAGUGAUUUGCUCGUUGGUUGGAGUGAUCUAUCCGCUCAUGUGCACAUAUGAGGUUGGUUUCCAUAUGUGGUUUUACCUGUCUUAUUGUAUUUUUCGAUUUUUUUUUUCUUUUCUUCGGAUUUUUGCCUGUUUUCGGCAUAAAAUAAGGUAAAAUAAGCUGAAGCUAGCAAAUUUCUUUUGUAAUCAUUGAUUUUUUUGCUUUGUAGAUGCUCAAAUUGCCUCCAAACGACGUUCCGGACGCCCUUCGAAGACAUUGGCUCUGUUAUUGGGCCAUUUUUGGUCUGAUUUCUGGUUUUGAUUUUGUUGGAAGAACCCUGCAAGCCGUCCUGCCCUUCUAUCAGAUCUCUAAGGUAAUGAUAUUUAACAUUUUUGGCCAUUCCCCUGUACUUUUUGCUUAAAACAAGACUAAUUUCCGAUUUUUUGACCUAAAGUAAUGUAAAUUUUUGAUUUUUGGACUAAAGCAAAGUUGUUUCCCCAAAUUUUUGGCUUAAUUAUUAGUUUUAGGCCAUGGUACUGCUAGCUGUUGCCAUCCCCGACUUCCAGCUGUCGCAGCUUGUCUACAAUUACACUGCCCGACCGACGGCCAGAGUCCUGUUGAAGCUGGUCAAGAAAUACGUUCUCUGA